UUCAUUGCUCCAGCUGAUCCGUGACUGCCAUGCACUGAGUUCUCUACCUUUGGAAUAAGAGAUAGAGGAAAGAAGGCUCCAUGUCGUCUCAGGGCCUUUAAUUUUUUAUCCGUUUCAAAUUACUGCCUCCUAAGAUAAAAUUAGUGGCGUAAGCUUAUUCCUCCAACUGUAGACAGCAUUGCUUCUCACAUCUGUCCCUCACAUCUAUCAUAUUUUCUUCCCAACUUCUCCAUUACACAUGGUGCAAUCAGAUGAAGAGCUUGCUCGGUUACUUCAGGAGCAAGAGUAUGGGGCUGUAGGAAGCAGUUCGCUACUAAAAAAAGGAGAUAUUGACUCGCCGUUCAUAAUCCCAGAAGACGACGACUAUGAUAAUGGCGUAACACCACCUGACCUUGACACAGAAGCCCCUUUUAAGGACUUGCACGGACUCUUCCUUGCAUUCAAUGAUCAAUAUUUCGAAUCAAAGUUGAGCGCUUGUGAAGUACGAUGGAGUCCUAGGAUGACUCGAUGUGCUGGACUUUGUUACUAUCAAUCGAAAGCACAAUAUUGCUCCAUUAGGCUUUCUGAACCACUACUCAAGUUCAGGCCCGAGUCUGAUUAUAUUGACACUCUCCUACAUGAAAUGAUACAUGCAUACCUUUUUGUCACGAAAGCGAUCCAGGAUCACGAUGGACAUGGAGCCGACUUCCAAUAUCAUAUGAACAGGAUCAAUAAAGCGGCAGGAACAUCCAUCACCAUUUAUCAUACAUUUCAUGAUGAAGUACGCCAUUAUCAAACCCAUAUUUGGAAAUGUAAUGGGCCUUGCCAACAUCGCCCACCAUACUACGGCAUUGUGAAACGAUCCAUGAAUAGACCUCCGCAGCCGGCAGAUCGUUGGUUUGCAGAGCAUCAGAUGACAUGUGGCGGGACCUACACUAAGAUCUCAGAACCAGAAUCAAUGAAAAAGAAGAAACCAUCGUCAAAAUCACAAAAAAACGCAAAACCGGAUCCAGAGUCAAAAGGACGGACAUUGAUCGAUGACUUUUUUUCGCCAUCAAAAACGGCCUCUGAAACGAAUUCAUCCAAAUCAUCUUCACUAUCGUUGACAUCUCUGAACAACAAGGAUGGCUCCAAUAAAGAUAAUUCCAUUCUCAUUCAUGACGCUGACCAUAUCGAUAACGCCAAGAAUUUUAUACCAGGAUCCUCCGAAUUAACAGAUGAUGUACAGCAAAAUGACUCUUCAACGACCGAGAACAUUUUUGGCAAAGACAAAGAAGUCGGCAUUAAUCCACUGUCACCGAGAGAGGCUGCUGCCGCGGCAGCAUUACGACGAUUCGAGCGUCAUCUUAAUCAGACAUCUAUUAAUAUGAAGUCAUUGUCCCCGUUGUCAUCUUCAUCAAAACGUAAGACUGUAGCUGCAGCGGAUUUGAAUGACAAAGAUGCCCUACGUUCGAAACGGAUGAAGGAAGAGGGAAUAGUAUAUAUGAAGAGGAACACUACCGAUAGUGGACAGGGGAAAGAGUCAGUGGUCUUAAUCAAAAGGUCGACGUCAUCGUCUACCAGAAUCGAAGAUCCAUACGAGGGCUCAGAUACUGGUGUCCAACGAGGGGCUCUAGAUAACAAAGAAGUGCGCGUUAAUACAGGUAUCAAGUCCAGUCCUUCAGGUCCAUCUAGCAUGAAAGCGGAAGUUGUCGAUGCACUGUUGGUCUCUUGUCCAAUCUGUACACAGAAGGUGGAAGAAGCAACGAUCAACGACCAUGUAGAUCUCUGCAUCUGGCAUGCGAGUGGAGCAAACUGAAGCGGAGGCACUUCAUUAUUUAUGUUAUACUAAAUAUGAUUUUUGUAAAGCACUGUAAAAUAC